CUCAAUAAGUAGCAUCGUAAACGGAUGCCGUUUUCCACACCACCGUCCUGUGCUUUGUGCAAUCGCCGGAGCUUCGAAAAAAUGCUGCGAGAUAUGCGGCCAUCGCUACCGCUCACGGUGGCGGCUCUCCUGGUGUUGACGUUCGCGAUGUGCGUGGAAGGCCGCAGCGGUUCGAUGCAGUGGCCACGCUUUAUGAACUGCGUCAGAAAGCGUGCUGGUCGGGACAUAGGCACGCCCAGCGGAAGCUGCGCCGCCCGCAAGAUGCUCGGGCAGUUCCUCACCAUGCGCCGCGUCAAGUGCAUGCACUGUGACAAGUACUUCCACUGCACGGCAAACUGGCUGGCGACGCGGAGGUGCCGGGGACGGCACAACUGGAAGGUCGCCAGCGUAAUCAGCAAAUGCAGGGAGUACUCACAGCCCGGAAACCCAGCUGACAGUCGCGAAGACGAGGAGGCUAACCGAUAUGGCCGGGCCGGCGGAAACUGCGGAGCACGCUACUUGCGCCCAGCCAAAUGUGCCUACAACCCAAAAACGGGUCAAUGCAAGUGGUGACCACAGAAGACACGAGCAGCGCUGGCUGCGACUACUGAUGGCAGUGUCUCCGACGAGG